CGGCCGCGGCGCGCAGGCCGGCAGGAGGCGGACCAUGGAGCUGAAGAAGGACUGCAACGCCGUGUCCAUCGACAUGCUGCUGAUCGUGCACUCGGAGAAGCGGCGCGCCGCGCAGGGCGCGCACUCGGACCAGCAGGGGCACCCGGGCGCGCCGCAGCGCCGAGGAGGGCUCCCAGGCAUGGGGAAUGGAAUCCGGAGAUGGCAGAAGUUGGAAGGAAAUGAUCUUCAUGGAAACCUGGCAGAGAAGCAGCACCCUCCGCAGCCCCAGGUCAUCACUUCCUACGACAACCAAGGGACACAGCUAACCGUGGAGGUCCACCCUCGAGACGCCAUGCCCCAGCUGCUCAAGAAGUUCUCCUUGGCUAAAAGUUUACAAGGUGAUAAAAAUGGAAAUAUGAGACCCCGACAGCCUGGAGGGAAGGAUGCCCAUGCCUACCCCUGGGAUCGGUCCAGCCUGAAAUCCAUGUCCCUGGACCUGCGGCAGUUUGAGAAACUGGACACCUAUGCCUCGCAGGUGACAGUCAAGAGUGGCCUGGACGAGCUGGUGAGUGACCUGCUCCAGGAAGCCCACAGUGACCUGGAGAGGGUCCGUGCCAUCUGGAUCUGGAUCUGCCACCACAUAGAGUACGACAUCGAGGCUGCCCAAGAGAAGGACCGGCAGGCCUUCAAGCCCACGGACAUCCUGCGAACCCAGAAGACCAACUGCGACGGCUAUGCUGGCCUCUUUGAGAGGAUGUGCAGGAUCGCUGGAGUGCAGUGCAUAUCAGUGCCCGGCUACUCCAAGGGCUUCGGCUACCGGACAGGGCAGAGCUUCUCUGGGGAGUUCGACCAUGCCUGGAACGCCGUGUACCUGGAUGGGAGAUGGCACCUGGUGGACAGCACCUGGGGCAGCGGCCUGGUGGACACCACCACCUCCAAAUUCACCUUCCUCUACAACGAGUUCUACUUCCUCACGCACCCCGCCCUGUUCAUCGAGGACCACUUCCCGGACAACAAGAACUGGCAGCUGCUGAAGCCCCCGCAGUCCCUGAGGCAGUUCGAGAGCAGCAUGUAUCACAAGAGCGAGUUCUACAACAAGGGCAUGCUCAGCGCGCGCCCCGAGACGCCCGUCAUCCGGACAGUGAACGGGAAGGCCACGAUCACUGUGGAGAGCUGCGCCCCGACGCUGUUCAUGUUCAUGCUCAACGGCAAGCAGGAGCACGGGCUGCUGAGCCUCCGGAAGGACGGCAUGAAGCUGGAGGUGUACCCGCCCACCCUGGGCACUCACAAGCUGCAGAUCUUCGCCAAGGGCAGCUCUGACAUCUACAGCUCGGUGCUGGAGUACACGCUCAAGUGCAACUACGUGGACCUGGGCGUGCGGCUGCCAGCCGAGCUCCACCAGCCGGUGGGCCCCAGCUGGUUCUCGGAGCAGAUGGGCAUCGCCAAGCCCUCCCACCCUGACCCCAUCAUCCACACCACCGACGGGCGCUGCUCCGUCAGCUUCGGCGUGGAGGAGGGCAUCAGCGUGCUGGCAUCCCUGCACGGGGACAACGGGCCCAUCACCGAGGAGACGCAGCGGCGCUACAUCUUCCAGCUGCACCGGGAGAAGCGGACAGAGCUCAAAGUCCAGCUGCCCCAUGCCGGCAAGUUUGCCCUCAAGAUCUUCGUCAAGAAGAGGCAGGAGCCAGGCAACUACGUCUUCGUCUUCAACUACCUGCUGUGCUGCACCAACACCAAGGUCAGCUGGCCCGUGUUCCCCGAGAGCUUCGGCAACUGGGGCCAGGACAACGAGCUGCUGGAGCCCCUGUCGGGAGUGCUCCCUGCCAACCGGAACGUCCCGUUCAAAUUGAAGCUGCACGGCAUCGCCAAAGCCCUGGUGAAAGGGCAGGACACGUGGCCCCUGACCCUGAACCGCGAGGGCUACUGGGAGGGCAGCUGCAGCACGGCCGGCUGCCAGGAGGUCUACGUCAUGGUGCUGGAGAACGCCAACCACAACUUCUACUCCUACAUCCUCAAGUACCAAGUGAACGCCCAGUGAGUGCCCGGCCCACCGCGGCUGGCCACAGGGCCCGGGCCAGACCUGCCGCGGAGUGCCCAGGGGAAGUGGACGCCAUGGAGUCUGCCCGGAAUCGCUCUGGGCCUCUGUCCCGGCCUCCCUGCUCUGUGAUGCCUCAGGGCUGUUGUGUCUGUGCCCUGAAGGCCUCACUCGGUCACGGCCAUGGCCAGGGGACAGAGGCAAGGGCCCUUUGGAAGAAAAAGGUGCUAUGUGAAUCCGAGGUGCCGCAAGCCGCACCCAGCCCCAGUGCCCUCAUGUUGUGUGCUGCUGCCGUCGGCCUCGUGGCCGUGGGAAAGUGGGAACGCUGCCGGAUCCAGCUCUUCUCCGGGUGUGUAGCACGUUCCCCACGCCCGAGAGGGACAGAGUGUGCGAGGCUGUCACCCUUCAUCAGAGAGCCCUUCUCGAGGGGCAUCACAGUGACCCUGACCACGCCUGGGCCCUGGCCACGGCAGGCUGUGACCCUUCCCCACCCUGACCGUCUGCUUUCCUGCCGCAUCUCCCUUAGCUGCUUCUUGCUCUUCAGGAGCCCCAGAAUAAAGGUGUGGACGCUUGCUGGCCCACAGCUGGCCAAGGCCAGUCCCCACGGUUCCCGAGCACAGGGAGCGUGACCACCCGAAAGCUGGGCGGGAGCCCAAAGUGCUGAGCGGCCAGCAUCCACUCUUGGGCGUGCAAGGUGGGAGCUGGAGGGUGCAGGGCCACCUUUGCAGUCCUGCGGCCUGAGGGUAAGGGGUACGACUCUGCCUCAGAGGGCCUGCGGGGUAGGAGGCCAGCCUGAGGCCUGCGGUGGCCUCUUGGAGCCCCGCCCCAGGCCCCUGCCCCUUCCUCCGUCUUUCAGGGCCCCCUCUGAAGCCUCCUCGUGGACAGCCCUACAUAAAGACCGAAUGCAUGAUGGCGGCGGGCUCUGCCUGGCCCCCGGAGUUCCUACCAUACAGCCUGGCUGGGGACUGUCCACCUGUCGCGGGGACAGUUUUGUACUUGUCCCUGAGCAGA